AUGACUACGGGAAAUUUACAAGUAGCAAUUUAUGGAUUCACAUCACCAAUAAGGACGUAUGAGCCGGCUGGAAUAUGUUAUGAAACUCGUAUAAUUCGUGAUAAAAUUACUCUUGGUCAUUGCACUUUGCCUAUCUACAAAAACUCUCCGAUGCCUCAGCCUAUCAGUCAAGAACAACGGAAAAAAUCUUCAGAAGAGCCGGCAGAACUAAGAAAAGAACUUUUUGACGCUGAUAAUGAGAAAUACGAAAAAUAUUUGAUGAAGUUGGAUCCAAAUGAUUGCAAAAAUCAAGAUCACUAUAAGGUUUUGGGACUUUCUAAACUCAGGUGGCAAGCAACUUCUGAAGAGAUUCGAUUCUGCUAUCGCGCGAAAGUUCUGAAGCACCAUCCUGACAAGAAGAAGCAUCGUGGAAUCGUUAUGGAGACGGAGGAGUACUUCACUUGUAUUACAAAAGCUUAUGAACAAAUUGGAAUGUCAGACGCUAAGCGUCAAGCUUUCGACUCUGUUGAUCACAAGUUCAAUGAUACUAUUCCCAAUGAGAAGUCAAUUAAUCCAGAUAAUUUCUACAACGAGCUCGCUCCAAUCUUCCAAUUGAACUCAAGAUGGUCAAGCUUAAAACCUGUGCCAGAAUUAGGAAAAGCUGAUGCUUCUCGUCAAGAUGUGGAAAACUUCUAUGACUUCUGGUUCAAUUUUCAAUCGUGGCGUGAGUUUUCGUAUUUGGAUGAAGAAGAUAAAGAAAGAGGAGAAGAUCGUUAUGAAAGAAGAGAAAUGGAAAAACAGAACAAAGCGGAGAGAGAAAGGCGGAGAAAAGAAGAGGCAAAGAGAAUUAGGAAAUUGGUUGAUAUGGCAUAUGCUAAGGAUCCAAGAAUCAUAAAGUUCAAAAAGGAACAGCAAGCAAAAAAAGACAAAGUGAAAGAAGAUCGCCAACGUGCCAUUCGUGAGAAGCAAGAAGCCAUCGAGCGUGAGAAGCGCGAGAAGGAAGAGGCUGAUGCGAAACAGAAGGAAGAAGCUGACCGUAAGGCAAAGGAAGAGAGAGAAAGAGAGAAAAAGGAGCGUGAUAUUGCAAAGAAAGCCAUGUCUCAACAACGUAAGCGACUGAAGAAACUUGCCGAAGAAGCUGGACACUGGACUGAAAAUCCACGAGAUAAACUAACUGAAAUGGAAAGAAUCGAACGAAUUUGCAUCGGUUUCACUGUUGAUCAGCUACGAGAGCUCUGUGAGAAAGUGGAGACGCUCAGUCUUCACCUCGAUAUUCAGAAGGCGUUGACUGAUGCUGAACGUCUGAAGAAAGAAUCUGCUGGAGCUAAAGUGACUUUGCCGGAAGACAAGAAUAAGGAGAAUGAGAAGCAAGUUGAAAAAGAGACAUGGACCAGCGAAGAAAUUCAAUUACUCGUUAAAGCAUCAAACACUUUCCCACCAGGAACUGUUGAACGAUGGGUUCAAAUUGCAGAUUAUAUUAAUGAACAUCGCAAAGACAGUAAAGGACUUCCACCAAAAACUGAGAAGCAAGUUAUCAAACAGUGUAAAGCAGUUCAAACAAUGAAUGUGAAACUGCCGGCUACAACUCAAAACCAACUCGGAACAGCUUUACCAGAUGAAGAUGUGUGGUCAGCAGCUGAACAGAAGACUCUGGAAGAUGCAAUCAAAAAAUACCCAGCUAGCGACGCUGAGCGAUGGGAGAAGAUCUCAACAGAUGUGGGUACUAAAUCCAAAAAAGCAUGCAUUCGCAGAUUCAAGUAUCUCGUACAAAUGGUUAAGAAUAAGAAAUAA